AUGCCUCAAGUGUUGCAGGCGUACAUAGGCCAAGGUAACCACUUACCAUCAGGAGGGCCGUAUGCUAUUUUGCCACCGUCAUGGUAUAAAAAAAGGUACAGAGUGCCUUUCAUUGACAAGUGUGAAUGGAAGGACAAGGCCUGCAUCAAGAAGUCAGCUCAGAAAGCUGUACCCUUCUUUGCAAACGGUUUACCAGAGUUCGGAGUUAAAGCUUUGGACCCCAUCAAAAUUAACAAAGUCUCAUUAGAGGAAAGUGGCUUGAGCCUCACUUUUGAAGACUUCCAAGUUGUUGGACCCAGCAAAGCCAAAAUAUUAAGUGUGGACCGUGACGAAGCACCUUCUUAUAUAAAAUUGGAGGUAGAAUGCCCUAUUGACGUCACAGGUACAUACACUGCUUCUGGACAACUUCUGUUUGUGCCCAUCGAAGGACAUGGUCCCUUCCGAGUGAAUACCAACAACAUCUACAUCUGGGCUAAAGUUGCUGUAUCAACCGUUGACGGUCCUGAUGGAGAGAAACACUGGAAGAUUGGCAAAUUCGAAUACACCUAUGAACCUAAGGAUAAGACUUUGUUGGAUUUCAAAAAUCUCUUCAACGGAGACAAGAACAAAGCUGCACCCAUCGAGAAGAUUUUGGACGAAAAUUGGUUGGAGCUUAUGAAACUGUUCGCCAAACCAAUCAUUUCGAAGGUCAUUCACGAAAUUAAGGACGAUAUCCAAUCAUUCGUUAAGGCUGUACCUGCUAAGGACUUAGAACUGUAAUUGAUAAUAAUUUUAUAUUAAAAUACAAUCGAAGAAUGAAGAACAACAUAAUGCAUACUGAAAGUUCUUAAACAUGAGUUCAAAUGUUUACCUACCUUUAAUAUAUGUUUUUUUACAAAUCAAUAGCUUUACAAUGGUUUUAGUAAAAUGUUUUGAAUAAAACGUGGAGUUACUAAUACA